AUGCGUUUGGGUUUGCAAAUACAGUGCUACCAGUGUGAGGAGUUCCAACUAAAUAAUGACUGCUCUGCUCCAGAGUUCAUCGUGAAUUGUACAGUGAAUGUUCAAGAUAUGUGUCAGAAAGAAGUAAUGGAAAAAAGUUUUGGAAUCAUGUAUCGCAAAUCCUGCGCCUCUUCAGCAGCGUGUCUGAUAGCCUCUGCUGGGUACCAGUCCUUUUGUUCUCCAGGGAAGGUGAACUCUGUUUGUAUCAGCUGCUGCAACACUCCACUCUGCAACGGACCCCGGCCGAAGAAGAGGGGGAAUUCUGGCGUGGUGCCACGGGCACACGUGAUAACCACCCUUCUGCUCCUUAAAUGGGCUCUUUUGUUUUCGUAUUGCUAA